UAGCUGAGCCGGAGUAGGCGGGGAAAGUGCGCGUCUCUUUGGGACCGCGGCUUCCUGUCUCCCGUGCUGGAGCCCGUCGGCUGCGGCGAGAGGUGGAGUUGUACCUUCGGGCGCCGCCCGUCUUGGCAGGGUAACAGCCUUCCCCAUCUUUCUCCCCCUCCCUGACGUCCGAGAAAGGGGGGCAGCUGCCGUGGUUCCUCCUCAGUGGAAAAAGGCAACUUUUGCGGACUCAGCAAAACAGCAGUAUUUGGAUAUUGAUAGGCCAAAAUGCUUGGCAGAAGACCCAGGAGAACCCCCCAGGUGAAGGGUCAGGCAGCCGCUACUGCAAAACAACUGGGACUUUUUGUAGAGUUCAGUCCUGAAGAGAUGAUUCUAGAUCUGGAGGAUGAUGGUGACUUAGAAGCUGAACUAGCUGCUAUCACUGGAGAAAACUUGCCUGCUGGGAAAACAAAACCUAAAGGAAAAACCCCUCUGCCUAUGGAUCAUAUUGAAAAGAUGGCGGCUGAGUGCAUGAAGGACCUGAAUGAAGAUGAUGAUGAAGGUCUGGAGGAAGAUACCGAACUUUUGGCAGAGUUACAGGAGGUCCUAGGAGAGGAAGACGGAGGAGGAAGUGGCAAGCAUGAGAUGGAAACAUUGGAAGUGUCUUCUCUAGUCAUGGAGCAGCCUACUGAUCUACAGACACAGAUGACUCCUGCUGCUUCCAGUGGACUGCAGCAAACAAUAGAAGAAAGGUUAGUUAACUAUCAGACAGCGAUAUUGAAUGCAAAGGAGACUGGCGAGAGUGCCAAAGUGCGACGGUAUGAACGGGGCCUCAAGGCAUUGGAAGCCAUGCUGACUGCAGUGAAGAAGGGGGGGAAAGUGAAUGAAGAAGAAAUGCCACCACCUGUAGCAUCAGGGAAGAGCUCUGUGACAACUCCACAAGUCAUGCAUCAUCAUGACUUGCCUAAAAGCUCAGGCGAUCAAAAUGAAAUAAUAGUUCCUGAGGAGGAGGAAAAGGAAGACUCUGCUACAGACCAGGAAUUAAAGAACCCCAGUGAUCUGAAGCUGUCUGUGAGCACAUCUGAUCUUCAGAUCCAAGAUGCAGAUCCAGGUGCUCUGGGAAGAGGAAACACUUCAGAAAACAAUUUCCCAAACCUCUACACAAGAACACUGCUUGUGACAAGAGAAAAGGAGUAUAAACUAGCAGCACUGAAAGCCAAGCAGAAAGGUGAUAUUGAGAAGGCAAAAGAAUAUAUGAGGACUGGGAAGAAGUUCAGCUUAGUUCUGGAAGGACUGGACAGUGGGCAGCCAAUAGACCUCAGGGAUAUGCCUCCAGCACCACAGGACCUUGAAUGCCCAGAAAAGAUACAGCUUCCCUCAAAACAGACACCAUCUGUACCUGUGGAAACUUCCCAGCCUGUGACAACACCAGAUGCUCAAGGUAAUAAAGCUUCAGGUUCCUUGCAACAGCCAAAAACAGCACUAGAAGCUUUGCAGCAGAGGCUGGAGAAAUACAAGGCAACAGCUGCUCAAGCCAAAGCAAGUGGAGAUGAUCGGAAAAGCAGGAUGCACGAGAGGAUAGCCAAGCAAUACCAAGAUGCCAUAAGAGCCCAUAAAGCAGGAAGGAAAGUGAAUUUUGGGGAGCUUCCAGUUCCCCCUGGAUUUCCUCCAAUUCCUGGAAUGGCUUCUGCAGAUGUCACUACAGUUGCUGCAGUGCUGGAAAAUGCUAACAGGCUGGAUCAGAUGGAGGAGGAAGAGAAUGAAAAAGAGGAGGAGGAGGAGGAGGAGGAGGAGGAGGAAGAGGAGGAGGGUGAGCUUUCCACACAGACUCCGGCUGCCAAGAAGCCCACUCAGCUGCCUAAGAAGCCAGUGCAAGUUGUUCAGCCACUAAUGGUGCCGUCUGCUGAAAUCCAGGAAGAAACCUCUCCAGAGAAAGAGCUUUCUCUAUCAACCCCUAUAACACCACCAGAGAAAUCUGCACCCGCUAAGCCCUUCUCUCCAGUUGCUAGAGAGCAUCUUGACUUUCUGGAGAGUAGAAGGAAACAGUACUUAAAAGCUGCAAUCCAGGCAAAGAAGAAAAAUGAUCUUGAGCAAGCCAAGGUGUACCUAAGAACAGCCAAGAGCUUGGAGCCAAAGAUUGAGCUGGCAAAAAAUGGCAAGUUGGUCGACAUUUCCAAGCUGCCUUCACCACCUACAGAUGAUGAUAGUGACUUUAUCUUCAUACAUCACGAGGAUGUCAGGCUCUCUCAUAAAGCAGAAGAGGUGUACAUUCAGCUCAUCAAGCUAUUGAGAGACCAGCAUGAGAAAUGUUUGCAGUAUUCGAAGCAGUUCACACAUCUGGGAAAUGUAGCUGAGACUUCCAGGUUUGAAAAGCUGGCUCAGAAUUGUAAAAAAGAUCUGGACAUCUUACAGCUUGCACAGGCCCAGGGGCUGGAUCCCCCAAGCCAUCACUUUGAAGAGAGAACCUUUAAAAUAGUAAGGAUAUUUUCUGAACUCAGUAGCACAGAAAUGCAUCUCAUCAUUGUCCGAGGAAUAAAUCUACCAGCUCCACCAGGUGUGGCACCAAAUGAGUUGGAUGCAUUUGUGAAAUUUGAAUUUCAUUACCCUAACACAGAACAAGCUCAGAAAAGUAAAACAUCAGUGAUGAAAAAUACCAACUGCCCAGAAUACGAUCAGCUGUUCAAGCUGAACAUUAACCGCAAUCACAGAGGUUUCCGAAGAGCAAUUCAGGCUAAAGGAAUUAAAUUUGAAAUUUUUCACAAGGGGUCUUUUUUCAGGAGUGACAAGCAAGUGGGAACAGCACACUUGAAACUGGACAAACUGGAAUCUGAAUGUGAAAUUAGAGAAAUCAUUGAGGUUUUGGAUAGUAGGAAGUCUACUGGAGGGAAACUAGAAGUAAAAGUGAGACUCAGGGAGCCACUAAGUGGGCAGGAUCUUCAAACAAUUACAGAAAACUGGCUAGUCCUUGAACAUUAGUUCCACCUAAGAUCCAGGAAUGCUAAAAGCUGCAGAAUGGGCUUUAUACAUAGAGCUUCUGCACGCACCAAAGAUGUUCAAUGAAUGCACUACUGAACACAACAUCUUUACUUUCAUAACUAUCAUAUAGUAUGAGCUGGUAAGCUUUGUAAGUCUACUACUGGGAAAGAAGGUACUGAUCCAUAAAGAUAGACUGACCUGCAUUAGUCCAUGCUGAGACAAAUAAAUAAAUAAAUAUGACCCAUGACUGCUGUGCUAUGCAAAGGGCAUGGUUGCAGUGAUAGGCAAAUCGUUUUAAUGGGUGACAGUAUACUAAUUGGGCUGCAGCAGAGGAAGUUUAUCAUGUAACUUGCAAAUAAGAUUGUGCUUCCUAACCCUGGAAUAAAUUCUAUUCUUGCACAAAGAGUUAGGUCAAGCAUCUGUUACUGUUAACAGCCAGUAUAUGCUUUUUAAUUGCCUGCAAUUAAGAAUUAUUUAAAUGAUUAUUGCAUCUCUCCCCACUUUCUUUGUUUACUCACACCCAUGCUCUAGAAUAACACUGUCAUGACCUUUUUGAGAUGGCUAGCAGCUGAUUUAUUAAGCCAUUUUCUUCAAUCUGCCUCUGUUCGCCUUGUGUUCUUAUUCAGUGGAGAGGCAGAAUUUAAGUUUUUACUGCUUAAGGAUUUCAAGAAGCAUGGCAUUUUGGGUUCUAGUUAAAACACUUAGCAGUUUGAUUGAAAAAAACCAACACAAGACUCUUGUCUGUUUUCUAGAAUGUUAAACAUACUGUGAGGGUUUGAAAAUUGCUUCCUUUUUUCCAGUUUCAUGGCCUAGUUGCAGAAGACCUUCACAGUAUGUACCUGAUCAAAGUCUGCCAUGCAGGCAGCAAUUUCUAUUUACCUUAAGUGGACAGAGACAAUAAAAUAUUCAUUUUUAA